GUGGCCAAAGGGACUCGAGAGCGAAAUGCGACUCUAUUUCCUAUUGGCUAAUGACACGUGACGCAACGUGGCCAAACAAGGAAAUGAUUCCGACGCAUUUAAAGCUUUUGUUUUCGAUUGAGAGGAGCGAGACAAAACAAAACUUUUAACAGACACAAUGAGUGACCUUCCUGUAAACCCUCUGGUUUGGCUCGGUGUCGGCUCCAGCUUCGCCUUCUCCGGCCUGUGUUAUCAUUUGUACCAGGAGAAGAAGAAAGAGUUGAAGAAGCUGAAGGAAAUACCCAUUUUCAAACCAGACCAACAUCUGGCCAAGAUACUGAAAGCAUCUCCCCACAAGAGACUUCAGUAUGUCGCCGUAGAAGGAAUGGUCCAGGCGGACGGGGAGCCUCUGGCCAGCCGGUUUGUCCCACGAUGCUUCGGCGUGAUCCAGAAGAUCACCGUGGAGGAACACUUGAGAUACUGGAACACCCUCUCCAAGACAUGGAAUACUCGGACGGUGAACAAGAAAGAGACGAGCAACUCGGUGCCCUUCAGCCUCAUCAGACCCGGGGCCUACGUCACUGACUUUUAUGUGAAGGUGCAGAACCCCCUGGAGGCCUCCGGGUGCCCCCUGGAGAGAGUGUACCACAAGUCAAGAGGUGCGGUGGAGGGCUUGGUGAGCACGGCCCUGCAGGGCCUCAGUGGGGAGAUACCCGUGGCGAUGGUGGAGAGCGAGGAGCUGCUGCGGGUGGGGAGCAUCUUGACCGGCUUUGGGGAGGUGGUGCUGGAGGGGGACCAGGUGAUGAGGCUGCAGGUCCCACAGGACGGCCGCAAAUACAUGCUGGUGGCCACUGACCACGGGAGCUUCAUGGAAAGGCAUGAGAGCUCGGCCAGCAUGUGGAAGACGCUGACUGCUGUCACUGGCCUCAUGGGGGCUUCUUUCCUCACAUGGGCCAUUUACAACUUAGUCGGCAAACAGGACGACAGGUCGAAGAAAGCUUGAAGGAAAAGAGGAUCUGGUAGGUUGGAUGGCUGCUCAAGUUGUGGAACGGGUUUUUGGGUGUAACACCCAGGUUUCGAUUUAUUUCACUUGUGGACAGGUUAUUCUUGUUUUAUUGAAACUGCGGCGGAUGCGAGUGGCCAAAACACGACACUGGCUGAAACAUUUGUAAAAUACAAAAAAAUUACAUUUUAACAAAACAUAUUGACAAAGCGGCCAAAAAAUAGAAACAGUAUUCCUAUUUUGUGAUUCCACAGAAUGCGGGGGUUGUUGUGUUCUGCCCCUUGGGGCCCACCAUACUCAUCCUGCCACAUUUGUAACCACUUGUCAAAACUUAAGGUAAUUCCUAAGUCUCUACUGUACACAAACCCUUCAAUGUUGUGAACACAGGGACCAGUUUGACUAUUUUUCUCCUGCUGUUUUUGAGCUCAGUGUCUGAUAAAGACAAGCGUAGACAUGAUCACGUAGCUUCUUAAGCUUUGACUAAAUGACUUUUUCAGUCACUGGACAAUAAAAGUUAGUGAUGGAACAAUCCCCCUCUAUGAUUUAUUAAGUCAAGUCAAAAAUUAAACACUGCGCUAUAAAAGGAACAUUAUAUUUUAUGAAUGAUAAGAAUGUAGUUUGUCGUAUCAAAAAUCAAAUCAAGCUCUUACUUAAACCAUCUUUUGCUCACACUUUCCUUUACAAGGCUUUUGCUGUGAAUCUGAUCAGAGACAUAAUUGUCAGUCCGAGAUUCCAAAUGGGGAAAAUCAAAAUAUACUGUGAUUACAACCAAUCAAUUAGGCUGCUUAUCCUGUACCUCUUAACUCACUAUGAUUUUACUCUACUGUUUUAUGACCUGAGGUCAGUGUUCAGUUUGUACAGGGACUAUUAACACUGUUGGUGGUUGUAUUCUUGAUUGUAAUUAUAAUAAUAAAACCUAUUUUCAAACCUUU